AUGGACAUGGAGGCUUGCAUUUGCAGGGAGGAUUUGUCUCCGGCAAGGAUGAAAUCAAAACCAGUGUCGGCGGGGAUCUGUGUCUCCCAGAGGAAGCUUCGCCAGAUCCAGGACCCCAUCUACAGGCUUCUGAAGCAGCUGCACAAAGUGGUCUACAUCACCCAACUUCCACCCGCUACUCGCCACGACGUCAAAAGGCGGCUUGUAGAACGGUUCAAGAAGUCUUUGUUCCAGUUCGGGAGCGACCCACGGAACUUAAAAGUAGAGCUCAGCAAGCUGGUCCAGGGGUCAUCAGAGCUGAUGGAUUCAGGCUUCCAUUCCUUCGCUGGCGGCCUCCGUUUCAAUGAAGACUCGGGUGACCGCCUGAGAGAAGGAGUCACGUACGAGCAGAUGCAGGGUAUCGUGGAGGAGCUGCUGGAGGACUGCGGCUACUACGAAGCCACACACAGCAGGGAGGCAGACAAAAGAAGUCGUCCAUGUUCAUCCUCGUAAGUCACAAGGACGAAGUGACAGCUUCCAUUUUUAUUCUCACAGAUAUUUGUAUACUGUAAAUACGUGUCAUGUCUGCGUGUGCACGUUCAUAAGGUAAGCAAAGAUGGUGCUCCUUUUCUUCCCCAACCAGCACAUCUUUAACCCGUGGUGGUGCUGCAAAUAUCCAACACUGGAAAACGUACGCUUUUUUUGUUGUUUUUACUUUACUUACCAAAUACGCACACUGUGCAAUAUAUUAGGUACAGGGUUCAUGACUUCAUUGAGAGGAAAACAAGACAAAGAAGAGAAUAGUUCACUUUGGUUAAAGAAGAAUUCAAAUGGUCUUCCAAUACUUCUUAGUCCCAUCUAUUUAUCUCUUUAUUUUACAAACUCAUUUGUGUUCUUACCGUUUAUUUGUACAUGAACUACAUGUACAAAAUUCACAUACUUUGUUGUAAAUGUCUGAUCACCUCCUGGUGAGCUUGGAGAUAUAAUCCUCCAUCUGGGCAGGUCAAAUUCAUUCAUUCAUUCAUGCAUUUGACUUGCUAGCUGUUCCCCUCUAUGGAAAGAUGGCAGCGACAAGCACCUUCCAGUUGACGCACGCCCCCACCGCUCAGGCUGAAGCGAGUACCGCAAGCGCCUCCCGUAUGACAUUUCUCUGUAUUUUAUUGUCCGAUUAGCAAGAAUAAUGACGUCACACUUACUGUACAUGAGAGGCUCUACACAGGCUGUAGAAAGCCACGGUGUAUAAUAUAUGUUUCUGCAACCGUUGCAACCAUAUUAUCGCCGACAGGCUGACUGAAACUGGCAGGUGCCACGAUCCAACUCAGUGCACUGUAUUUGAUCAGGAAAUGUGCAAAUUCAGCCAUUUUUACUUUUAAAAAAAAGGUAAAAAUCAUACAGAAAAUACAUUUAGAACACAGUUCAAUGGAGAAAUAUUAUUUGUUAUGGUAUCAUUCUAAACAAUUACUUUUUGCAGAACAAAGUUAGUUUUUCAUACCUGACAGUAUGCUAGUUACAAGACUAGCAUACUGUUUAGCUUGUAUGCUAGCAUUUAAAUUUGACAUGAAAACACAUAUUAUUCUAAGAUUGGUAGAAUAUAUCAAGCACAAAAAUGUCGAUUCACUUACUGUCACCUUGGCACGCUUUUCCACGGCUGAACAUCUUCUGUAUGGUGAAUUGGGUCAUUUGGAAAGUUGUACAAGCGUACUCCUUCUGCUCGAGUUUUUUUUUAAGCAAAAGCCUGCCUCAAAAUACUCAGGCAUUAUUACCAAAAAUAUGUGUAACUACGUGAGAAAUUCAAUAAGCCACCACAAUACAGAAGUAAUGGGGGGGGGGGGAGUCCUGUAGCUGACGUCACUUCCGCAUUCUGCUGAAGAACACGGGAAAGACCGUCUUUAGUGACAAAACUUUAACAAAAGUCAACAUUCGAGCACACACCUAGCAUAGGAAAUAUGCCUUGAAGUGUAAUUUUUCAAGGAGAAAGUAAGAUUAACAUGUGUUUUGGUGUCUUGAGCACUUUCAUUUUUCAUCAUGACAGGGAGUGCACUGACAGUAACUCUCCUACAGAGGGCGCCAAAUGAGCGUAAAUAAAUGUUUUUUUCAAACCAGAAUGCCACUCUGAGGCCCAUAUACAGUAGCUAAAACCGCCGCUGAAUGAGUUCCAAUAUAAGAGCUGUUUCACAAAUACUGCUUUGUACAAAGAUAACGUUGUUUUAAUUAACAGGAGAUGUGUAUUAUGUAUUUCUUGUGGUGUAAAAUGUGAGAAUAAUUAGAAUUUUGAGCUUAUGUUUAUGAUGCACUUUGACCAGACUUUAUUAUACUGGUGGUUUGUGGUCAUUCUGCUUCUAAAAAUGUAUGUACAGUGGAUUAUUAUUAAAGUAUGCAA